AAAGACAGCUGCAUUGUGUAUCCUGGGAGUCAGCUGUAUCACACGUUGCUGGCUGCUUGGUGUACAGUACUCUGAAGUAGCAGGAUCUCUUGGAAUCACUGAUCUUAGUCCAGGAGAGUGGUUCAAAGACUUGGUCCACAGGACCCCACACAGUUCACAUUUAACAGGAUGAAGCUGCAGCGGGUACACCUGAAGUGUAAGAAUCUGCAUGAGUUUCUCCAAGAACUGAGCCCUGGUGUCCUCGACAGACUGUACAACCAUCCAGCCACGUGUUUGGCCGUAUUUAGGGAACUGCCAUGCCUUGCCAAGAAUUAUGUGAUGCGCAUGCUCUUUCUUGAACAGCCUUUGCCACAAGCAGCCGUUGCAUUGUGGGUAAAGAAGGAAAACCACAAGGAACAUGAAGAGAACACACAGAUCCUGUCUGGGUUGCGGCUAUGGCACACACAACAGCUUCCCGGAGGACUGCAGGGGCUUAUCCUUAAUCCAAUUUUCAGAGAGAAUCUGAGAAUUGCCCUGCUUGGAGGAGGAAAAGCCUGGGCAGAUGAUGGCAGUCUACUUGGUCCUGACAAACAUGGAAAGGAUGUACCUUCUUUGGAUAAAUAUGCAGAGAGCAGAUGGGAGGUCAUUCUGCAGUUUAUGGUUGGGUCACCAAGUGCUACGGUUAGUCAGGAUCUGGCACAGCUCCUUAUUCAAGCUGGUCUCAUGAAAAGUGAUGCUGGGGAGGCCCCAAGCAUUUCUUCUGCUGGAUUUCAGUUUCUGCUUCUGGACACAGCUUCUCAGUUAUGGUACUUCAUGCUUCAGUAUCUCAAGUCAGCUGAGACUCGGGGGAUGAUUCUGGUGGAGAUACUUUCCUUCAUGUUCCAGCUGAGCUUUUCUACAUUGGGGAAGGAUUACUCUGUGGAGGGAAUGAGCGAUUCAUUACUGACCUUCCUGCAACACCUGCGGGAGUUUGGGCUAGUGUUUCAGAGAAAGAGGAAGUCUCGUCGCUAUUAUCCAACACGGCUGGCCAUAAAUCUGGCAUCUGGAAUAUCCGGGACUACUUCGGACAGUCAUAAGCAAGGUUUCAUUGUGGUGGAAACGAACUACAGGAUCUAUGGAUAUACAGAUUCAGAACUGCAGAUUGCCCUCAUUGCUCUCUUCUCCGAGAUGCUGUAUCGAUUUCCCAAUCUGGUUGUAGCGCAAGUCACUAGGGAGAGUGUACAGCAAGCUAUUGGAAAUGGCAUCACUGCUGAGCAGAUAAUCCAUUUCCUGCGGACGAGAGCCCAUCCAGUGAUGAUGCAGCAGACUCCAGUGCUUCCGCCAACUAUCACUGACCAGAUUCGUUUGUGGGAACUUGAGAGAGACCGCCUUCGUUUUUCUGAAGGUGUCCUAUACAAUCAGUUCCUCUCACAGGUGGACUUCGAACUACUGAGAAAUUAUGCUCGUGAUCUUGGCGUACUUGUCUUCGAAAACCCAGUUCGACGCGUGAUGGUGGUGACACCAGGAGGCCAUUCAGACGUUAAACGCUUUUGGAAGCGGCAAAAGCAUAGCUCAUGAGACUUAAAGUUCUUGGCCUAAACUUUGUUAUCGGUUUGCAGGUUUUUGUACUACCUUCUACAUUAGGCACUUACUAUACGUAGUGAAGUUUACCGGGAACGGUCCUGUUUAAAGAAACUUUUAGCUGACUUUUAUUUUCACAGACAGUGAUAUGGCUUCUGUCUACAAAAAUAUGUUUUGUUUCCUAGAAACUUUUUUUAAAAUCCAGGUUUAAUAUUGCAAUUCUGUUUCCUAAUUUAUACUCUGACUUAUAGGAGUGUUGUUGUACUCCUGCAAAACUUACUUUUAAUAUUCACUGAAUUCGAAAGAAUACACCACCAUCAUCCUCUGAGGACUAGUAAAUGGUCAGAAUGUCUCCCCUAAUUCUUUAUAUAUUGCUGCUACAUAAAUAAAGUGGUCAGGAAAUUUGA